AUGUCUGCUGCUCCCGAGACCACCCCCGCCGCCGUCGCUCCCGUCGAGGAGAUUGCCGCUCCCGUCGCCGCCGAGCAGACCCCUGUCACCACUGAGGCUGCUGCUGCCCCUGUCACUGAGGCUGCUGCUCCCGCUGAGGAGGCUGCUGCCCCAGCUACCGUAGAGGAGGCUGCUGUCGCCGAGCCUGCCGUUGCGAUCGGAGAGACCGCCACCGAGGCUCCUGCCACUGCUGCUGCCGUCGAGGAGGCCAAGCCCGAAGAGGCUGCCGCUGCCACUGACGACGCCGCUGCUGCCAAGGAGGCUGCCCCCAAGAAGGAGAAGCGUCAGUCGUUCCUCAACAAGAUCAUUGGCGCCAUCAAGGAAAAGACCGCCAAGAAGGAGAAGCCCGCCGUCGCCAAGGAGGAGGCCACCACUGAGGAGGCCGCUGUCGCCGCUCCUGCUGAGGCCGAGUCCACCGAAGCUGCUGCUGCUCCCGCCAUCCCUGAGGAGACCAUUGCUGCUGCCCCCGCCGUCGAGGAGACGGCCGCUGCGCCUGCUGCCGUCGAGGAGGUCGCUCCCGCCACCGAGGAGGCUGCUGCUCCCGCUGCUGCCACUGAGGAGGCCAAGGAGGUCAAGAUCGACGAGGCUGCUAAGGCUGACGCUCCCGCUCCCGAUGUCGCCGCUCAGAAGAUCAAGAUUGGUCGUCGUCUGAGCGGCAAGUUCGGCGCUCUCUUCCACAAGCAGCCCAAGAAGACCGAGGAGGCCUCUGCCGCCACCGAGGAGCCCGCCGUCGCUGCUGAGGAGUCGGAGACUGCCGCCAUCAACGAGAAGGUCCCCGAGGAGGUCGUCGCCGCCCCUGCUCCCGUCGCUCCCGUCGUCGUCGAGGAGGCUCCCAAGCCGGUUGCCCCUGUCGCUGCCGCCGCCUAA